AUGGAGCUGCCAGUGGGGUAUCGUUUCAAGCCUUUUGAAGAUGAACUGGUAAAAUACUAUCUACUUGCAAGAGUUACAGGAAACCCCAUGCCAUGGAAUCCCAUUAUAGAGUGUGAUCUCUACGAUGUAAAAACACCUGGGGAGAUUUUUGACGAACCUUCAAAUCAAAAGGUAUGGUAUUGUUUUACUAGGUUGAAGAAGAGAGGGAAAAGGGUUUUUAGAAGAGCGGGUGGAGGGACUUGGCAUGGUCAAAGUUCAGCGUUUAAAAUCCUGGAUAGAGAUAACAACUUUCAAGUUAUCGGUGAAAAGAAAACUUUUACUUUCGAUAUGAAAAACGAGGUUAAGAAAUGCAAUAAGUGGAUCAUGCAUGAGUUUUCUCUAGUGGGUGAAUACGGGGGUUGCGAUGUUGUACUUUGUAAGAUUAAAAAGGAGGCACUAAAAGAUGAUGGAUCAGUUUCACAAACUUGUUGGCAAGAACAAGAAGAUGGUGGUCCGAUAGCAAACACUAAUAAUAACAAUCAAGUUGAAGAGGCCUUGCAAAAUAUGGAAGCAUUCUUGAUGAACGGCAAUGAAGAGGCAAUGCAACGUGAUGGUAGACUCUUGAUGAACGGCAAUGAAGAGGCAAUGCAACGUGAUUGUAGACUCUUGAUGAAUGAGUAUCUCCGGCUAAUAACUGAUGGUGGAAUCAGGACGAACGAUGGUGUUGACAACGCAAUCGAUAACAAUGCAGAUGCAGAGCAAUAUAACAGUGGAUUCAGUCAAUCGCUCAUGAUGGAUUCCUGA